GGGCCCUCCGGGCAUCUCCGCUGCCCCUUAACGACACUGGCCCGCACUCGCCAGCCCGGCUUGCGGGCCCAGAGGAAAGGAGCCAGGAGCCCAUCUGCCAGAGACUUUGCAGGAGGAAGAAUCACCUCGGCAAGCUCCGGGAGUCCCGAGAGGGGGAUCUGGGGCGCGGCGCGGGCUCCGCUGCGUCAGGGCGCCCGUGGCGUCGGAGAAUAGACAGGGCCCCGGGGAGGGGGCGCGGGUCAGUGGGCUGGCCGCGGAGCAGAGCCGGCGGCGGGGGCGCCAUGGCUCAAGCGAAGAACGUCCAAGGCUACGUGGGCUUCGCGAAUCUCCCGGACCAGGUGUACAGAAAGUCGGUGAAGAGGGGCUUCGAAUUCACCCUGAUGGUGGUGGGAGAAUCGGGCCUGGGCAAGUCCACGUUCAUCAACUCGCUGUUCCUCACGGACCUGUACUCUUCCGAGGCCCCGGGGCCCCCCCGCAGGAGCGACAAGACCGCCCUGGUGGAGCAGGCCAAAGUUGUGCGCAAGGAAGGCGGCGGGCAGCUGCUGCUCACCAUCGUGGACACGCCCGGCUUCGGGGACGCGGUGGACAACAGCAACUGCUGGCAGCCCGUCCUCGACUACAUCGACAGCAAGUUCGAGGACUAUCUGAACGCCGAGUCGCGGGUCUACCGCCGGCAGACGCCCGACAACCGGGUGCAGUGCUGCCUGUACUUCCUCGCCCCCUCGGGCCGCGGCCUCAAGCCGCUGGACGUGGAGUUCAUGAAGCGCCUGCACGACAAGGUCAACGUCAUCCCCCUUAUUGCCAAAGCCGACACGCUGACGCCCGAGGAGUGCCAGCGCUUCAAGAAGCGCAUCAUGAAGGAGAUCCAGGAGCAUCAGAUUAAGAUCUACGAGUUCCCGGGCACGGGCGACGCGGGGGACAAGAAGCUGGUCAAGAAGAUCCGGGACCGCCUGCCGCUGGCCGUGGUCGGGAGCAACACCAUCAUCGAGGUCGACGGCCGCAGGGUCCGGGGCAGAAAGUACCCCUGGGGCGUGGCCGAAGUGGACAACGGCGAUCACUGUGACUUCACCAUCCUCCGGAACAUGCUGAUGAGAACCCACACCCAGGACCUGAAGGACGUCACCAACAACGUGCACUACGAGAACUACCGCAGCCGGAAGCUGGCGGCCAUGACGCGGCCCCGAAGCCGGGCCCAGCUGCUCGUCAGCCCCCGGGCGCAGAGGGAGGAGCACGCGGCGCGGAUGCGGGAGCUGGAGGCGCAGAUGCAGCGCGUGUUCGAGCUCAAGCUGCGCGAGAAGGUGCAGAAGCUGCAGGAGUCCGAGGCGCAGCUGCUGCAGCGCCACGAGCAGAUGAGGCUCGCCCUGGAGCAGCAGCACCGGGAGCUGGCCGAGAAGUGGCGCCAGUUUGAGCUCGACAAGGCCGCCUGGGAGGCCCAGCAGCGCCUCCGGGAGCCGCGGGGUCCCUCCAGGGCCUGGGGGGAGGCGGAGAACCGAGGGGAGAGCGUCUAAGCCCCGGCCCGAGCGCCGGCCCCCAGCGCGGGGGGACGGGACCAUCGCGCCGCUUUUGCACCGUUUGUACCCCUGACACCACAACAAAGGGCCUUUAGUUUGUUUUC